GAUACAACGCCAUCUUCGUCCAUCACAGCCAGUACUCAGGACGAGACUCAUCCAAGAAAAGAACAAAAGGGAAGCUGGCGUCGGACAACAACUGCAGCAUCUCCAAUCACGACCAGGCCACCGGAUCUUCCCACCUCAUCCUGUCCUUCCCCAGGUGAAUUACUGCAGGUAGCCCGCCGUCCACAGCUUCCGCAGACCGCAGACCGCAGACCACAGGCGCUGUGCAGAUCGAAGCCUUGCCUCAUCGGGUGCGACUUACACCACGCACCACCACCACCCACCACCCACCACGCACUGCGCAACGUCAACCUCCUCCGAGUCCCCAACUCUUGCUCCUCCUUCUGCUUCUUCCCUCCCAUCUUUCUUCUCCUCUUUCCGCUCUCAUUCUACAACUAUCGCAGCAUCACCUUGCUUAAACUCGACUCAGCCUCCCUUUGCGCGAAGUAG